AUGGCACCACCACAUCCCGCAAACCCUCCCCCUCCUCUCGAGGGGAAGCUCCGUCGAAUCGCUAUGAUGACCAGCGGAGGAGAUGCUCCUGGUAUGAAUGCAGCUAUCAGAGCUGUGGUCCGAAUGGCACUCGAGAAAGGCUGCGAGGCCUAUUGUAUCUACGAAGGCUACGAAGGUCUGGUCCAGGGCGGCAGUUUCAUACGCAAGUUCGACCGGGAACAAGUCCGAGGCUGGCUCUCUGAAGGCGGAACAUUGAUUGGCACAGCGAGGUGUAUGGCCUUUUACGAACGUCCCGGAAGAUUGACUGCUGCGAAGAACAUGGUUUUGAACGGCAUCGAUGCUCUAAUCAUCUGCGGUGGUGAUGGUUCCUUGACCGGAGCUGACAAAUUUCGUGCGGAGUGGCCCAGCUUGAUCAAGGAACUGGUCGAUACCAAGCAAUUGACCGCGGAGCAAAUCGAGCCAUUCAAACAUCUCAACAUUGUCGGUCUUGUUGGCUCAAUUGAUAACGACAUGUCCGGGACAGAUGCUACAAUUGGAUGCUUCUCGGCAUUGGGCCGAAUCUGUGAGUUAGUUGACUACAUCGAAGCCACGGCCUCAUCACAUUCUCGAGCUUUUGUCAUUGAGGUUAUGGGUAGACAUUGUGGUUGGUUGGCUCUCAUGGCCGGAGUCGCAACGGGUGCGGAUUUCGUCUUCAUUCCCGAGAAACCUAGAGCCGAGAAUUGGAGAGAAGAGAUGUGCUCAAUCCACCGAAAGAUUGGGAAAAGGAAGACAAUUGUCAUUGUCGCUGAGGGUGCUGCUGACCAGGAUGGGAACAAGAUAUCCCCCGAAAUGAUCAAGGAUCUCCUCGCAGACAAGGACGGCCUCGCUUUAGAUACUCGAAUUACAACCCUUGGACAUGUACAACGGGGUGGUUCAGCAUGUGCCUAUGAUCGGCAGCUCGCAACAUUACAAGGCGUGGAAGCUGUCAAUGCUGUGCUCGACGCCACACCGGAAACACCAACCCCUUUCAUUGCCAUCAAUGAAAACAAGAUCACUCGAAAGCCUCUUGUACAGGCUGUCUUGGACACCAAGGAGGUCUCUAAAGCUAUUGAAGCUAAAGAUUUUGACCGGGCGAUGAAGCUGAGAGACACCGAGUUCUCGGAUAUGUAUAACUCAUACAUGACUACAACAGCAACCCAGUUAAACCAAUCUAUGAAGCUUCCUUCUCGCAGACAUAUGAAAAUCGCCAUCAUUCACGUUGGUGCUCCUGCUGGUGGCGUAAAUGCUGCAACCCGCGCUGCAGUAGCAUACUGCUUCACUCGUGGCCAUACUCCCAUUGCCAUUCAUAACGGCUUUGCUGGUCUCGCUCGUCAUCAUGAUGACAAACCUGUCGGAGCAGUCAGGGAGUUCGACUGGCUCGAGGUCGAUGGCUGGGCAAGCAAAGGCGGUUCCGAGAUUGGGAUGAAUCGUGAGACUCCCGGCGAGUCCGGCAUGGAACACAUUGCCUCUCUUUUCGCGAAAUACAAAUUCGAUGGACUUUUCAUCAUAGGCGGCUUUGAAGCUUUCCAAUCACUAUCUCAACUCCGUCAAGCACAAGAAAAGUACUCAUCUCUCUGCAUCCCCAUGACUCUCCUCCCCGCUACAAUAUCCAACAACGUCCCCGGCACUGAAUACAGCAUCGGUUCCGACACCUGCCUCAACGAACUAGUCCGCUACUGCGACACCAUCAAACAAUCCGCCUCCGCCUCCCGCCGCCGUGUCUUCGUAAUCGAAACGCAAGGAGGCCGCUCGGGUUACGUCGCCACUCUCGCUGGUUUGGCCGUCGGUGCCGAGGCAGUCUACACUCCCGAAGAAGGCAUCAGCAUCGCCAUGCUCGCCGCCGACAUCACACACCUCAAGAAAGCCUUCAAAGAAGACUCCGGCCAAUCCCGCGCUGGCCGCCUGAUCCUCAUCAACGAGAAAGCGAGCAAAGUCUACAACGCCAAACUCAUCGCAGAUAUGAUUCGCGAAGAAGCACAUGAGCGAUUUGAAUCCCGAGACUCGAUUCCGGGACAUGUCCAGCAGGGCGGCACGCCCUCACCCAUGGACCGUACGCGUGCUGUGCGUCUAGCGAUAAAAUGUAUCGAGCAUCUCGAAAGCUACGAAGACCGCUCCGACGCCAGGAUCCUCAAAGAUCCACAAUCUUGUACCGUUAUCGGUAUCAAAGGCGCUAGCGUCGUCUUUUCCCCGAUGAAAGAAGUCGAAGAGAAGGAAACGGAUUGGCCGAAUCGCAGACCGAAGGAUGAGUUCUGGGUUGAGCUGAAACACAUUGUUGAUGUACUGAGUGGCCGGCCCGAAGUCCCGAGGCCAGAGAGUUCUCUAAAAGGCUGGAAGGCUAAGGAUAGGAAGAGGGGGUUAAUCUAG